CGUGCUGUGUGCCGGCGCCGGAGAGCGCGCCCCUUGUCCGGCCGGUGCCUCCCUCCGCGCGUGCGCACUGUGGCGCGCCGCGCCUUCCUGCGUGAAAAACGGCGCGAGCGGGGGCCGGAAGCGGAAGUGGCGCUGGCGUCAUCGGCAGCGCGCCGCGGCGCGGGGCGACGGGCCCGGCAUGAGCGCGGUGGAGCGGGGCCCGGGCGCGGGGGACAGCGGCGGCCCCGGUACCGGCGGCGGUCCCGGGCGAGGCCCCGCGGCAGAGCCGGGCGGCGGGCGGAAGGCGCGGGGGCGGCCGCGGCUGACGGAGUCGGACCGGGCGCGGCGGCGGCUGGAGUCGCGGAAGAAGUACGACGUGCGGCGGGUGUACCUGGGCGAGGCGCACGGGCCCUGGGUUGACCUGCGCCGCCGCAGCGGCUGGAGCGAUGCUAAACUGGCGGCCUACCUGCUGGGGCUGGAGCGGGGGCAGCGUGCCGGGCGGCGCGGGAAGCCGUGGGAGCAGAUCCCCAAAAAGCCGAAACGGAAGAAAAGGCGGCGGCGCAACGUGAACUGCCUGCGGCAUGCGGUGAUCUGGUACGAGGACCACCGGCAGCGCUGCCCCUACGAGCCGCGGCUGGCGGAGCUGGACCCCUCGGUGGGGCUCUACACCACGGCCGUCUGGCAGUGCGAGCGCGGGCAUCGCUACUUCCAGGACCUGCACUCGCCUUUGCGGCCCCUCAGCGACUCCGACGGGGACAGUGAUGACGCAGCAGCUCCUGGCAGCUCCUCCUGCUCCUCAGGAGGCUGCAGCUCAGGCUCGGAGGCGACGCCAGGGGGUGCCCCAUCAGCACCAGGGGGGGUGGCAGUGGCCCCCCCUGCAGGUCCGGGCCCCCCCGAGGGCACUGCAGAGGGGCGGGGGGCAGCACUGGAGGCUGUGGUCUGCGUGCCACUGCCGCUGCCUCUGCGGCUGGGCGCAGGGCGGGGGGCGCUGGCCGACGGGGGGCCCCCCGCCCUGCUGCAGGGGCCCCCCCUCCUCAUCCUGGCCAGCCCCGGCUAUGAUGCGCUGGGGGGGCUGCAGCUGGAUGUGGGGGGGGACGAGGUGCCCUGUGCUCUGCUGGAGAGCGGGGGGGCCUUCCCCCCACCCCCCCUGGACUCCCAUCUCCCUAAGACAGGCGGCGGCGGAGCAGGCGGGGCCGUGCCCCCCACCCUGACCCCGAGGAGCUCCCAGAGCCGAUUGCCUGCCCUUAUGCGGGCUGCGGGCAGGUCUACGUUGCGCUCAGCAGCUUCCAGAAUCACGUCAACUUGGUGCACCGCAAGGGCCGGACCCAGCAGUGCCCCCAGCCCGGCUGCGGGAAGAGGUUUUAUCUGGCCAACCACCUGCGCCGACACAUGGUCAUCCACUCUGAUCCUGAGCACGGUGGAGGCCCAGGCUCCCAGCACCCCAGGGUCAUCGGGCUGCGGCCCUGUCCCCGUGGCUGUGCCGGUGGUGGCGGUGCCAGGGCCAGGAGUGGCGGCGGCGCUGCCCAAUGGGGCCCCCCCAGGGCCCCCCAUGGCCGAUGACAGCAAAACUAACCUGAUCGUCAACUACCUGCCCCAGAGCAUGAGCCAGGAGGAGCUGCGGAGCCUCUUUGGCAGCCUUGGAGACAUCGAGUCCUGCAAGCUCGUCCGCGACAAGGUCACCGGGCAGAGCCUGGGCUAUGGCUUUGUCAACUACGUUGAGGCGGGUGACGCCGACAAGGCCAUCAGCACCCUCAACGGCCUCAAGCUGCAGACCAAGACCAUCAAGGUGUCCUAUGCUCGGCCCAGCUCGGCCUCCAUCCGUGAUGCCAAUCUCUACGUGAGCGGCCUCCCCAAGGCCAUGGGGCAGAAGGAGAUGGAGCAGCUCUUCUCCCAGUAUGGCCGCAUCAUCACCUCCCGCAUCCUCGUCGACCAGGUCACAGGUGUCUCACGGGGGGUGGGCUUCAUCCGCUUCGACAAGCGCGUGGAGGCAGAGGAGGCUGUGCGGGGCCUGCAUGGGCAGAAACCACUGGGCGCCGCUGAGCCCAUCACCGUCAAGUUCGCCAACAGCCCGGGCCAGAAGUCAGGGGGGGCCCUGCUCAGCCUCUGCCCCAGUGCCCGCCGCUACGGUGCCCUGCACCACCCUCCCCAGCGCUUCCGGCUCGACAAUUUGCUGAAUGUGGCCUACGGCGUGAAGAGCCCGCUGUCACUGCUGCCCAGGUUCUCCCCGCUGGCCAUCGAGGCGGUGCCAGGGCUGGCUGGGGUGGGCCUGGGGGCCCCCGGCGCUGGCUGGUGCAUCUUCGUCUACAACCUGGCACCCGAGGCGGAUGAGAGUGUCCUCUGGCAGCUCUUCGGGCCCUUUGGUGCUGUCACCAACGUCAAGGUUAUCCGUGACUUCGCCACCAACAAGUGCAAGGGCUUCGGCUUCGUCACCAUGACCAACUACGAGGAGGCGGCCAUGGCCAUCGCCAGCCUCAAUGGCUACCGCCUGGGCGACCGUGUGCUCCAGGUCUCCUUCAAGACCAGCAAACAGCACAAGGCCUGAGCCACACCCUGCUGGCCCCCCAGCCCCCGGGACCGGGUCCCCUGGCACCACCAGGCCAUGGGGACCCCCAUGAGCACCAAGGACACCCUGGAGACCAUGAAGAACCCCCCUGGACACCUGGAGACCUUGGGGACCCCCUCCAGGCACCAAGGACACUGUGGGGACCUCCCCGCCCUGGAGACCAUGGAGAACUCCCCCGGACACUUGGAGACCUUGGGGACCUCCUCCAUGGGCACCAAGGACACCAUGGGGACGCCCGAAGGACAGCCUGGAUACCAUGGACACCCCAUCUCUCCCCUAGGCACCGUGGACACCCUGAGGACUCCCCCAGGUGCCCCAGAGCUCUUGGACACUGUGGGGGCAUGGAGAUGCUGGGAGCACCCCUGAAGAUCCUCCUGCCCCACCAACCUGGAAAGACUGGAGAACCCCCAGGACACGCUGGGGACCCCCCAGGCACCCCGAAAACCCUGGGAAGUGUGAAGGAGUCUGGGUAUGGAGGGGCGUCACCUCUAAGUCUCCAGGAAUGCUAUGGGCACCCCAAAGACCCUGGGGACCCCCCAGCACCCAGAGAUGUUGGGGGACCCCCCCCCGUGGGCACUGCAGAGACCCUGGAGGUGGGGGCCCCCUGCCCCUCCCCCCAGCACCAGGAAGCUGCGGCGACCCCCAGCGAGCCCAGGUACCUUGGGGAUCCCUGGGAUCCCCAGCACUCCCUGGGGCAGGUGCCAGACCAACACCCCCCCCCCUUUGUUUUCUCCUCUGGGGGGUCAUGCACCCCCAAAUGGAGAGAAGUGGGAUUCCCCCCCCCCCCUUAGGGUGUCCUGCCCCCACCGGGGCGAGGCUGGGGUGGGUUGUGGAGGCCACAGAGUACCCCGGGACCGAGCUGCUCCCGGGGAUAACGUGGGGGAGGGAAAGCGGGGAGUCCCGCCCCGGGUUCCGCGAGGCCCCGCCCCUACAGCUAAGCCCCCCCCGAUGUCCCGGGGCUUGACCCCGCCCCCAGCUGGGAGACCACGCCUCCGGCGCGGCGCCCGCCUGGGGCGGUGCGCUCUGGCGGUGGCCGGACCACCCGGAGCGGCGCCUGGGGUGCGUGGGUUCGAGCCCCGGCUCCGGCCGCUGCCCCGGGGAGGGACCCCCGUCAGAGCACCCAAUUCGGCUCAUUUUGUCCCCAGGCUGGUGCCAAGUGGGGGCCGUGCCCCCCUCCCCUCCGGUCCAGGAGUCCGGGGGAGGUGUCUGCUCUCUCUCCUUUUUUUUUCCAAUUUGUUUCUUUUUUUGGAGGGGGAAAUUUUUUUGGGAGAAAGAACAAACAAUAACGAAUAAUAACAAUAACGGUAGCGCUAACGGUAGCGAGGAGAGAGACCGACACAGCACGCGGUGACUCCUCCAGAGCGACAGACACAAAACCAUCUAUUUUUGUAAGAGAAGAAAAAAAAAAAAAUUAAAAAAAAAUCCCCUGAAGUCCCCCCAA